AUGACCGCUUCCGUCUCAACUGAGUCGAAGGCCUUCUUCAAGUUAAUGAAGGGGUCCUCGAACGUGGUUGCAGACGCCCUCUCUCGCGUCACAAAUAGCCAAGACCGUUUCUCGGACGGCUCUCCGGAGUCUGACGACAUUAUAGAAUUCCCUGUGAGUAUCAAUGUGUGUAGGCCGAGGAUCCACUCACUGAGAUCUCCGGUAGUGUUCGCAGGGAGUCCAGCGAACAUUCGUCUUUACGAUGCUUUAGUUGAGCAGAAAUCCGAUCCUAUGUGUUCAGCGAUAAUGACAUUGAAUGAGACGCCGAGGUUCUAUGAUCACCUUUCGGAUGCCGAAAAAUCUGCCCUUCUAGCACUCGCCGAGAAGUGCACUAUUCGGAAUAACGAAUGUCUCUACGUCAGUGGAGCGUCUCCUGCUCCUGCGUCGCGAUUCGAGCGUUUGGUAGUGCCAGAAAAGUUGCGUGAGCCUAUUUUCUUGGCACUUCAUGCUAGUCCUUUGGCAGACACUCUUACAUUCCCGACUCCCACUAUUCCUUUUAUCUUCAUCAACGAGGAUGGCCAAUAUGUCCCAUUACAACAGUACGGAGGCGGAAGUAUGCCUGGAGCUUUUGCACGCGCUUUUGCGCCGAGGUCUGACACCAGCCCAGCUUUGCAUCAUAACGUUUUAUCGCGAGUAGUAUCACCGGUUAGAGCGGGCAGCCGACAAACUAGAUUCCUUUGGCGUAGAACUCCGGCGACUUGGAGGCGAACAAAGUCCGAAGGUCAUUUUCGAGGUGGUCACGAUCAUCGUAGCGCUUCUCUUCCAGGUGAUGCUGAAGCGAUCGGAAGAGGUGGUAGUGGCUCGGGGCCAGGUCCGGGCUGUACGGUGGGUGCGGUAGAACUUCCCAUCCGAGCUCCAGAAUUUUUUGGGAAGUUUCUUUGUGAUGUGAGAGUGCGGGUUAUCGUGCAGCAGGCGAACCUUAUCGAGCUUCGAGUGCUCCUUGCGGAUCUUGUCGGACAGUCUUUGCAGUUGAGCGCAGUAGACCUCGGCAGUAGCUGUCGUGUUGUCCGGCAGCAGUUCGGAACGGUAGAUUCCAUGAACUCCCCACCAGACACUCAACAUGACCUUCUCAUGGAUUUCACCUUUCACGAAAGGAUCAAGCAUUUCAUCGCCAGCGCACCACGCACGCUUGCGGGUAUGGUUGACGUAGAGGACUUAUUUUUCAUCUCCAGUGACAGUGGUGUCCAGCCAGUCGAAUCUGAGACCUCUGGAGAGUAG